AUCCUCCUUGGUGUGUCCCCAGAGCUUCCGAUCCAUCACCACGGUAAUACCGCACAAUGACCGAAGAGUCGCGGCCGAACGGACGAAUGUUGGCACAUCCAUGGAUCAGCAUGAUAGAGAAACCUUGCGUAGUGUCUGACGGCCACAUCUACGACUUCACUCUAUUGUGACGAGAGAGGCUCACGCGUCGUCUCGCCCGGACGACGUGCAUCAAAGGUACGACUCACAUACACUCCCACUUCGAUCUUAUAUCUUCUGUCCCAUCCCAAUAGCACCCGUCGCGUGGAGCUGGGGUCUCGCCUGUCAAGUAGUCAUCCCAUAGUAUUGAAACAAGCUGACAUCACUGGUCAGUACUUUGUCACAUCGGAGGCUGCGACGCUAUGGUCCAGAUUUCGGGCCUUUCGCCCAUGUAUGACUAUGAGUUUCACCCGCAGACAGUGAGGUUACCCGCUGCUAUCAAUGAUGUGAUCUGCAUUCAGACGGUCACUGGCAGUGGAUGGUUCGUAACCCACGGCGGCCACAAUGGCGUUGUUUACGCGAUCUGCGCCAGCGGACCAAUGAUUCGUUGGACAUUCGCUUUCGGCCAGCCACUGAACGCGAUGUACCUGACUCAGAACCCGAACGUCGCAUACGAGGUUUUCAACGUACGCACGGGGCCAAAUCUAAAGCCUGUCUACCGCUUUGACAAGGCACCUGAAGGGACGCUUAAUGUUGUGAGAGGAAGCAGGGGAGGUCCUGCGUCUCGCUUUCGGUGAAGAUGGUCAGCGCAAAUGGGAGAAUCUGGUUCUGCGACAGGAGAUCCUUGAUGCCCGCUCCGAACAAAGGCGCCCAACGCGGGAUAUACAAGCUUUCUUGACGCAUUGUAAUGACGAUGCACGCUGCUGCAGGACGUACGAGAAGGCAUAACGUAACGGGAAAGCUGUGAUAGCCAAAAAGCCGGACGCGUGUAGACUACAGGAAUCAUGACAUCAGCUGAGCCGUAUGAUGUCGCUUCUGUAGCCUCGGAAGUCGGUUCAUACCUGUCGGCUCGAUAGUGGGUAAGCACCUACUGGCACGCAAUACACGUUGACCAUGAACCUGCCAUGAACCGUUUCUAUGAAAGCCGAAGCCGUGAUUAGGCGAUAACAC